CAAACAGAGACGGAUAAUCGAUUUAAUAAAAAUCUUUUUAAAAAAAUGUUUACACACAGAUUGUUGUUAAAAAGUAUUUUUUCGUCUUAUUUAAAAUACUUAAUGCUUUUCGUUUUUAGUUUUUCAUACUGUGAAAAAUGUAUGGAUAAUCGAGUUAAAAGUUUUGUUAGUGCUCCAUUUAAGAUAAGUGGUUUAUUUCCAAUGGGUUGUUUCUCACCAUCUGAUAUUGACAACAGAACUAUUGCAUGGAUGGAGGCCUUAAACUAUACAGUGAAUAAAGAAAAUAAAAAGUGUAACAAGAGUAUAUUUGAAUUCGUAAUUUAUGAUACGUAUAAUACAACGAACAUGGACAUGACAACGUUUGCUGUGCUAGAUAGUUUAUUAUAUUCAUCAAUAAACAAAAACACUGAUAAAGUCGUUAACAGCUGCGACAUUAACGUCAAAAGUUGCGAUAAAAACAACAGCACUUGCGAAGCUUGCAGUAAUAUAUACAAACAAGAACAUGUAAAUACAAUAUUAGGUUUUGUUGGUCCAGCAGAAUCGUCUAACUCUAUUUAUGUUAAUGAAUUAACGUCUUCCUACAAAAGUUUUCCUGUUGUCAGUUACGCAGCGACAAGCUUGGAAUUAAACGACAGAAAAUCAUAUCCAAAUUUUUUUAGAACCGUUUCUUCAGGUGAUCACCAAGCCGAAUUUAUAACAGAUUUAAUAAAAAAGAGCAACUCGAACCUUAUAUCCGUGUUAUGGGUGGAUAGCUCAUACGGAAGGGACGGAGGAGAGCAGCAAAUUAUUAGUUUUAAAAAAAACGGCAUUUGCAUAGAUUACAUGGACAAGCUUCCAAAUAAUUACGAUUUAGAUAAAUAUUCUCAGAUUGCAACGAAUUUAACUAAUAGUAAAGCUAAGGUUAUAGUAUUUUGGGGAACGUUUCCGCCAUUUCAAAAUCUUCUAACAAACACAUCAGCUCAAAAUUUAACAGGCAAAACAUGGAUAUUAAGUGAGGCCGUCGGUAAAAACCCUUUUUUUCUUGACGACAAAAAUAUUUUUCAUAACAAAAUUUUUUUGGUAGUUCAAACAGACGGGGAAGAUACUGAAUUUAAAAGUCACUUCUACAGUCUUACAUAUCAAAAUUCAAGUCCAUGGUUAAAAGCAGUUUUUAAAAAACAUGGAGUCAAUGAAAGUACUCAAAAUUUUAAUGUGAAAAAUAUUUCAGAGGUAUUUGAUCUAAGCAAGGUCUUAUUUGUUCAAAAUGCUGUCAAAGUUUUAAUUAAUUCCUUUUUUGUUUACCAAGAAAAACAUGAUGCCAACUUUAACAAAUGCGAAUUUUAUAUGAUUGACAACAGGACAUUGUUUUUAGAAAUUAUAAAACAAGUUAACUUUUCGACAUUAAACGAAUCAAAAAUUUUUAGCUUUGAUUCAAAUCACAACCCUCGAUCGGCAUUUUUUGAACUUUACUCUUCCAAAUUUGAAUUGUUUGCUUCGUGGUCCAACGAAAAUACGACUAAUAAAGAUAGAUUAGAUAUUAAAAACAGUAACUUGAUAUCAAACAUUUAUUCCGUUUGUUCGAAUUCUUGCAGCUUUGGUGAAAUAAAAGAAAAUAUCUCAGACAGUACCUGCUGUUGGAACUGUGUUCCAUGUCCAAAAUAUUCUGAAGAUAAAAAUUGUUACCAAUUUGAACGCUUGUACUGGAAUUUUAAAAGUAAUAAACUGUUGGUACAUCAAUUGAUUGUUUUAUUGUUUUCCGCUAUAGGUGUAACGACGACAAUAGUUUUUAUACUUACUUUUGUAAAAAUGAAAUCCACUCCAAUUGUACGCUCAUCUAAUUAUGAAAUGACAUUAAUUCAAAUGAUCAUGCAUCUUGCUAUGUUCAUUUUGCCUCUUCUAGCAUUCGGAGAGGAGGCGGAAUUAAAGUGUAAAGCAAGGAUAUAUUUGAGUAGUUUUUUACAUGUCGCUAUAGUUACAAUUAUUUUAGCAAAAGUUAAACGUCUUGUUGAAGUUUUUAGUUUGAAUAUACACUGCAAAAGUUCAAAGAAAGAAAUGUUUUUUCUUAGAUCUAAGAUCGGUGUAUUGUUACUAAUCUUUCCGUGCAUCUUUGUGACACUUAUAUUUGUUGCUCAAAAUAGCAAGUUUAAAAUAUAUGUCUCAGAUGUAACAGACAUGACGUCAUCGCAUACAGUGCAAAGCUAUUGUGACUCAGCCAACUUUUUGGUUAUUUAUGUUUGCUACGUCAUUGCUUUAUCACUUUUGUGUGGUUUCCAAUCUUUUAAAGCAAGAAAUCUUCCAUGGAAGUACAAUGAAAAUGUUUACAUUGCUUAUUCUUUGUUUUUAUCAAAUAUUACUAUGUGUAUAAUGUUGGCACUUAUCCAAAGUAACUUUGAUUCAAGUAAUAAGAAAUUUUUUUAUUGCUUGCUGACGAACAUCGCAAACCUUUUUUUGAUAACUAUUUUGUUUUUCAACAAAAUAAAAAUCAUUUGGAUGAAUCCAAAUAAAAAUUCUCGUGCUGAAUUUUAUCGAAAUAGUUUUGGUAGCAAGCACUCGAGUAUUUCUACAUCCUCCAUCAUUGUGAAUCAAAUUCAUGCAAGUACAGAUGCAAUUUAUUUAGCAAGUGAAGAUGAAGUAUCUCUUAAAAGCUUGAACGCAAUGUUUUAUGAAAAUUUAAAUGAAGAAUCUAUAUUAAACACAAAUAGAGUAGCUCAAGCUGCGCACAUAACAUAUAUAUAAUGUAUUUUAAAAUUAAGUUCUGCUCUACUGUUUUGAGUCAUAGUUAUGCAAGCACAGAUGCAGUUUUUUAUAAAACACAGAUCUUAUGCAAGUUUAGUAUCUUGAUCGAGCGCAGUAUCACAAACAGAAUAUAUUUAAUGUAUUUUAAUUGUAAUUAGUUUAAUUAUUUAUAAUGGUAUUUUAAAUUUACUUUAA